CUCCAUUGCUCCUUCAUUCCUUCCCUAAUCCCUAGGUGUGUGUGGCCGAUUCUUCCAUUGCUUCAGCUGCUGCAGCUACCUAGCAACCACAAAGCACAAUAAUGGCCACCGCCCUCAGCAGCCUCCGCGCGCCGGCCUUCUCCGUCCGCGCCGCCCCGGCGCCGGCGCCGGCCACCGUCGCGCUGCCGGCCAAGGUCGCCCGCGGCGCCAGGCUGCGCGCGCAGGCCACCUACAACGUCAAGCUCAUCACCCCCGACGGCGAGGUGGAGCUCCAGGUGCCCGACGACGUCUACAUCCUCGACCAGGCCGAGGAGGAUGGGAUCGACCUGCCCUACUCGUGCCGCGCCGGCUCCUGCUCCUCCUGCGCCGGCAAGGUCGUCUCCGGCUCCGUCGACCAGUCCGACCAGAGCUUCCUCGACGACGGCCAGGUCGCCGCCGGGUGGGUGCUCACCUGCCACGCCUACCCCACCUCCGACGUCGUCAUCGAGACGCACAAGGAGGAGGAGCUCAUCUAAGAAGCUCGAUCACUACCUGCUACGCGCUUGCUAUAUCUAGUAUCUGUCUUGCUCUUGCAAGAGAUCGAGUUUGACGACGCCGGACAAUUCCCUUUCUUGUAUCAUGCAUGUCAGUGUCACCAUGAGACCUUGCAAUUAAGCAUCGGCAUCAGCAGCUUCUCCAUCGUUUGUUACUCUGCUUAUUGCUGGUCUCUGUAUCAUUCAUUUUUACUGCGGAUGCAUGAUAGGCUUCGCUCAAGUAAUUAAUAACGUUUUUCCUCUUUAUUUUUGUACAACCAAUACAUAUAUAUACUAUA